AUGAAUCUAGUGAAUAUUGUAGAACAUCUUCUUCAUUUAACUAAAGCUGAAUUCGGUUUUGAAGCUAAAACAACAACAACAACAAGUGAUGAAAUAUUUGCUUCGCAGCAGUUAUUUGAAAUACUCAAGGCUUUCAAACAUAGCUGCUUCAAUGAACUUCAUACCUAUGACUCUCUUGAAUUUGACGAUGAAUACGAUGAUAUGAUGGAUGACGACAGUAGUGAUGAUUCAGAUGAUUUUGAAGAAAAUCAAGAUCCAGAUAUUAGAAACUAUUUCACUUUGGAAGAAAAGAAAAGUAUUGUUGAAUGGAUUGAUCAACAUCCAAAUUAUACAAUUUCUAGUAUUUUGCAUAGAUUUCGAAAAGUUAAAUCUAUGACUUAUAUCAAAAUAUUUAGAGAGUAUAUUAGUCAAAACGGUUCAAAUCUUGAAGAAAAAACUCAAACUGGUCUAGAUAAGUUUAGAUCAGUAUUUCCUAAUCAAAAAAGUGAGUUAUUAAUUUUUCCUGAAGGAUCAACCGGUUAUGUUCAACCGCAAGACUUAUCCUUAUUUCGUUCGUGGAAAUUCAUUCAUAAGAAAAUUGAACAUUACACUCGCAUCAAUCGGACAAUGAUCAAUAUGAGUGAUCAUCAAUAUUUUAUAAAUAUGCAAUCAGUUAUUCAUAAUCAAUUAUCUGCUCCAUCAUUUAAAAAUCUAACAAAAUCAGGAUUUAUAAAUGCUGGAAUAAUUGACGAAACAAUUGAAGAACUUGGAAAACCAAAGGAUAUUUGUUUCAAAUUCUACGAUCUCUAUUGUUCAAUGAAUAAUUAUGAAAAUCGAACACUUCUGAUUUGUGCUUGGUGCAAGAAACAUUUUUGUCAUUAUCAUCUGAUUGAAAAAAUCCAUAUUCAUUUGUAG